AUGGGAGCGAGUAGAAAGCUUCAAGGCGAGAUCGAUCGGGUUUUGAAGAAAGUCCAGGAAGGAGUCGAUAUUUUCGACAGUAUUUGGAACAAGGUUUACGAUACUGACAAUGCCAAUCAGAAGGAGAAAUUUGAAGCCGAUUUGAAGAAGGAGAUCAAGAAACUUCAGAGGCACAGAGACCAGAUUAAGACAUGGAUACAGUUCACCGAGAUCAAGGAUAAAAAGGCUCUAAUGGAUGCUCGGAAGCUUAUUGAAAAAGAAAUGGAACGGUUUAAGAUAUGUGAAAAGGAAACAAAGACAAAAGCAUUCUCCAAGGAAGGUCUUGGACAGCAGCCUAAAACAGAUCCAAAGGAGAAAGCAAAGUCAGAGACUAGAGAUUGGUUGAACAAUACAGUAUCUGAGCUUGAAUCUCAAAUUGAUAGUUUUGAAGCUGAGAUGGAGGGGUUAUCUGUUAAAAAAGGGAAAGCAAGACCACCAAGAUUGACUCAUUUGGAAUCAUCAAUCAAUCGACACAAAGCUCAUAUAAUGAAGUUAGAGUUGAUUUUAAGAUUGCUGGAUAAUGAUGAGUUGAGCCCAGAACAAGUCAAUGAUGUUAAAGAUUUCUUGGAUGAUUAUGUGGAACGAAAUCAGGAAGCUUUUGAUGACUUUGAUGAUGUGGACAUGUUAUACAACACCUUACCUUUGGACAAGGUAGAGUCACUUGAAGAUCUAGUCACCAUUUGUCCACCUGGCAUUCUUAAGGGUGUUGGGGCUACAGCUGCUGUUUCAAGCAUAAAAUCAACCUUGUCUACUUCAGCUCAGUCAUCGGCUACAAUUACAUCUCCUAUUCAACAGGGGGAUUCAGUACAGGAGCAGGUUGAUGAGGUGGCGCCUCCCCAAGACACUAUCUCAGAGUUAGGGCCACAAACUCCAUCUCCAAAAAUCACCCCAAUAACAUCAGAAAGACCCCCUACUACCCCUGUUUCCAUUGCAGGGCCAAAUCCUGUCAAGGGUAUUUUGGACAAUACAACAUUAUCUGUUCCUACAACACCAAUAAACACUUCCACUAAGGAAGAAGAGCUUUCCAUCUUUCCCACUCGUAAACCAUCAUCAUCCCUUAGAAGUGGUGUGACCAAUUUACCCUCCCUCACCAUCCCAGUCACCUCCGGAAUCAGUGUUUCCAGCAGUGGAUCUUUAACAACUCCAUUGUCAGAAGCAUCCAUGAGUGGAAUGAUGCAAUCAUUGGUUUCUCCUUUAAGUAGUAGAAUGCUAUUACCACAAGUUGGGAAAACCAGUGAAAGUGUUGGUGGUGGUGAGAGUGGUGAGGGUGGUGGUGUGACAGGGAGGGUGUUUUCAUCACCUUCUGGAGUUCCUGGAAUACAAUGGCGACCUGGAAUUGGAAAUCCAUUCCAAAGUCAACAUGAAGGGUUUCGUGGAAGAACAGAAAUUACACCAGACCAAAGGGAGAAGUUUUUACAAAGAUUCCAACAAGUGCAGCAGCAGCAACAACAACAAACUCCAAAGCAAUUUACACCAUUGCAGUUCAACUCUCAAACUUCAGGGGCACCUCUAUCACUACCACCUCAAAUUGUGGGACCCACUGCCACAUCAGCACUACAACCAAGUUUGACCCAUUCACAGUCCGGUCAACACAUACUCAUGUCAACCGAUGUUGGCCAUGUGAAAGCCGAAGAGCCGCAAAAUGACGAUUCUGUCCCUGAUUCUGCUCCUGUCCGUGAAACUGAUUCAAAGGUGUCGAUGUCAUUUCCAUCAGAUACGGUGGCGGAGCCUGCCCAACCUGCCCGAGAUAUCGAUCUCUCUCCCGGGCAGCCUUUACAAUCGGCCCCUCUUGCCCUUGGGGUUAUUGGUAGAAGAAAUGUUUCUGAGGUUGGUGCAAUUGGAGAUAGCCUCAGUGGCGGUGGGACAUUUUUGCCCUUGGGGGCCCCUCAUGAUCAGCAAUCCACCUUUCCGUUGCUUGAUUCCGCCUUUUAUAAACUCCCACAACCCAAAGAUUCUGAACGUGCUAAAAGCUACACUCCUAGGCAUCCGGCUGUGACCCCACAGUUCUACCCUCAAGUGCAGGCUCCAAUUGUUAAUAAUCCAGCCUUUUGGGAAAGACUUGGAUCUGAUAACAUUGGAACAGAUACUCUGUUUUUUGCAUUUUAUUAUCAACAGAAGAGUUACCAGCAAUAUUUAGCUGCAAAAGAGCUGAAAAAGCAAUCAUGGAGAUACCAUAAAAAGUACAACACAUGGUUUCAAAGGCAUGAGGAGCCAAAAAUUGCUACUGAUGACUACGAACAGGGGACGUAUGUGUACUUCGAUUUUCAUAUGGCCACUGAUACAGAUCAUCAACUCCUGCAACAUGGAUGGUGUCAAAGAAUCAAGACCGAAUUCAAAUUUGAGUAUAAUUUUCUUGAAGAUGAACUCGUCUAA